AUGUCCACUUUGCAGACGAACAGCGAUCUUAACGCGAAUGGCAAACGCCCUCACCCACCGACGACGUCCUCACCCGAUGAUCCGCACCGCAAUUUGACCGCUUGCGACAGCUGCAAGGCCCGGAAAGUGAAGUGUGAUCGAGCGCAGCCUUCUUGUGAGUGGUGUAGGAAGGUUGGCGUGAGUUGUGUUUAUCAGCAGAAGCGGAAGCCCGGGGUACGUCCGGGUUAUGGGAAGGAGUUGGAGGAGAGGGUUGAGAUGUUGGAAAGACUGCUUGCACGACAAAACCAACCGCUACAGCCGAGUCCAGUUCAACAUUAUGAGGCUCUUCCAGUGACGCCCACGCAGGGUUCUACUAUACAUGUACCUAUCCCGGUUCCGACAUUACAGGUUCCUCCGUCGCAGCCCAUGAUGGCACCUCCAUCACGACAGACUCCUGCGAUUCACUCCUCCGGCUCAUCCUUCAACUCUGACUUUCCAGCGGAUUCGGUGGUUUAUCACCUCCUCACCGUCUACUGCGACCUCGUACAUCCCAAUUGCCCGAUCCUGCGCUGUAAGAUCACGGUCGACACAUUCUUCCAUACCUCACCCGACGGAACAGUCGCUGCGCGAACAAGCAUCUCAGAACGCAAGCUAGCUUUAUUAUACGCCAUCUGUGUCGCAGCUGGGAGACUUUGCUUACCCAGUCCCUUCGAAGAUUUACAGCGUUUCCGGGCACAGGCGAAAAGCCGAAUCCUCUUACGCGUUCUAGCUCACCCCGGACUCCUAUCCCUCCAAGCCCUAACCAUCCUAGCCUUCGACGAAGUUGGUACCUCAAAUGGCCCCUCCGCCCUCGGCCUGGUGGCACUUCUCGGCCGUAUGGUCAACCACCUCCGUCUCGCAACCGAAACCACCGUCCCGGAUGCUGAGCCUUCAGAUGGUGCAGUACACACUUGCGGCGCAAACGUCCUUAGCGAAACGAAUGACUCAAUCGAGGAAGAAGGGAGACGGAGGAUUUAUUGGAUGGCGUAUAUUUUGGAUGUGAGGACUGCGAUGGCGACGGCGUUGGAUUGCGUGUUGGCGGACGAGGAGGUGGGUGGGAAUGGGAGAAGGCUCCCGUGUAGGGAGGAGGUGUGGCAGAACGCCAAGAGUGGGGAGCUGCACAUUCACGACGGCGAUCAUACUGGUAGAUCAUCGGAGGAUCUGAGUGCAGCUGCUGCUUUAUCAUACCUCGGAGCUGAAUUACCCUGUCCAUUUCCUUCCCAACCAUUGGCGAGAGACAGCAGUGAACGAACGCCCUUCAGUUAUCAAAUCGAAAUCUUGAGGGUCAUUGGAUGCAUUCACCGGUUCCUACGACGCGCUGUUGAUAUCAGAUUGGAACGCGACGUAGAGAAUUGGAUGCGAGAGUACAAGAACCUUGAGGCGAGGCUGAACGCCUGGAUGGCUGGCCUCCCAAUCAAGUAUGGUAGCCUCGGUUUCGGCGGAGGUGCCUCAGUCGACCCGGGAUGGGUCCUCCUCCACGCCUGGUACAACACCGCCGUUAUCCGACUCCACUCAACCGCCGCAUACCCAGCGGCCACAUCGAUCCUCUUCUCCUCAAGUGCGUGGGCUGUACGGAAAUGUUUGGCUGCAGUCGAAAACGUGUCGUCACUGUGCAGCCUGGUUGCACAGCAUGAUUUGUACAAGGUGCUGGGGCAUUCGUUUACGUUUGUGGUUUGGGUUGCGACGAGGGUGUUGCUUGUACAUCACGCGUCUUUGACGGGAAGCCUGCGAACUCCUGCUACGUCGCCGGUCGCGACUACUUCGACUGGCAGAACAACAGCAGCAAGGAACACCACGGACGGACAUCUGGGCACUUCGUCUCGUCAUCGCCCGGUUUUGCCUGAUGUACGACAUUUUCUCACCGCCCUCAGCGCCAUGGCAAAAUACUGGGAAACAGCCUCCCGCUAUGAGUUUAUCAUCGGCCGUGUCAUUCAAGAACUCAACGAAGCGUGCACCGGCCGGUCCCCGACCAACACGAGUACCUCCUCCGAAAGUGGACGGCUCUCGUCGGUGCAGAUUCUCGCGGAUAUGAGACGAAAUGCGUAUGAUGCCGAUUUACUCAUUUCACGGCAAUCUCAGACGGAGAGGAUGCCGAUGAUUAGGUCGGUGAUGGGGUAUCGGAGUAAGAGUGAGAUUGCUACGCCGGCUGCUGGGGGUGGGAGUGGAGACCAGGAACAAGGGAUGGUGGGUGGUUUGGAUGAUUUUGCGGGGGUGUUUGGGCAAGGCGGGCUAGGUGAUGGCUUGGACAUGUUUGAUUGGUUCGAUUUUCCGAAGGUAUUGGUGGAGGCGAGUACCGGUGAUGUUAUGAAUGGCAUGCUGGCUGGGAAUGAAGGAUAUGGGCACGGUGGUGGAGUAACGUUCGCUACGGGGGUAGGGCAAAGGGAAAAGAAGGCAAUGGGUAUUUGGCGUUUCGUUCAUAUAGUUGAAAAGUUAUCAUACAAAAUCUACUCAGUUGACAAACCUCCAUCCUUACAACAACUCAGACAACCUCUCCCUAACUCCGCCCUCCGCGACACCAAGCUCGCUUCUCGUACUCCGCAUACAAAGCAUUCAAGGGAUUCUCGUUCCCCUCCAACUCAAACUUCUUCUCGUGGUAAUGUUCCCCCGAGUAAGACGUUCGACGGCGGUGCGGGACCGUGCAUGCAUCGGGCCAAUGUUCCCCCGAGAUGCAUCUGCAUGGUACAAGCCGGGCGUCAAAAGUUACGCAAAACGGGAAUGGAACAUAUAGCUACGAGCACGCUGGCCGAGGCAUUAACAAUACAGAGUGUGAUUGUAAAAUAA